AUGGACGUCGACAAGAUCGGUUUCACCGGCAGCACUGCCACCGCCAAGCAAAUCAUGAAGAUGGCCAGCGUUAACCUGAAGAACAUCACUCUGGAGACCGGCGGUAAGAGUCCUCUAAUCGUCUUUGACGAUUGCGAUCUCGAGCAAGCCGUGGAGUGGGCACACAUCGGCAUCAUGUACAACCAGGGCCAGAUCUGCACAGCGACAUCGCGCAUCUUAGUCCAAGAUAAAAUCUACGAUAAAUUCCUCGCCGCAUUCAAAGCCCAAGUCAAAAACGUCUCCAAGGUUGGCGAUCCCUUCGACGAAUCCACUUUCCAAGGCCCCCAGGUAACCCAGGCCCAAUACGACCGCAUCAUGUCGUACGUCGACAUCGGGAAAUCUGAAAAAGCCACCCUCUCCUACGGCGGAAAGCCCUUCAAGGGCGUCGGUGAUGGAAAGGGCUUCUUCGUCGAACCGACCAUCUUCACCGACGUUUCUCCCAGUAUGCGCAUCUACCAGGAAGAAGUCUUCGGUCCCUUCGUUGUGAUUGCCCGCUUCAGCACGGAAGAGCAGGCUAUUGAGAUGGCCAACGAUACCACAUACGGUCUUGGAAGUGCUCUGUUCACUACUAACUUGACUCGGGCGCACCGCGUUGCGAAAAAGAUUCAGGCUGGUAUGGUCUGGAUCAACUCUAGCAAUGAUAGUGAUUGGCGCAUUCCUUUCGGUGGUGUGAAGCAGAGUGGUAUUGGGCGGGAAUUGGGUGAGGCUGGUUUGGAUGCUUAUUCUAGUAUCAAGGCUAUUCAUGUGAACAUGAAGUCUAAGCUGUGA